CCUGAAAGACCACAUCAGGGACUGGUGAUCUCACCAUUAUCAACUGAAUCUGCACAGACAGGCCUAGUGCCUGUGGGGAGGGUCAGUGAGAUGAUUAUCAGACAAACUCUGUGUCUGGGCGUGUCCAUCCGUCUCCUCAUCCUCUUCUCCCAGGUUCUGGCUGCAGAGAAAAAGGUUUGCCCCAUAGUUAAGGUGCUAAGUUAGCCUGCACAGAUCCAGGUUUUGCUCCAUGUGAAGUCAGCUCUUGGAGUCCUGUGAUUAUGUGACCAUCUCAGCUCUCACUUUAACAAAAGCACACAGUUCUGUCAGCUCAUCAGGACAAGGGGAAGCUGAUGUCCAUGUGAAGCCCCGGUGACUCCCCCCACACACCAGCAGAGGGGGCUGAUUGCAGGAUCAGAGCCUUGUUGGGACAUUUCUCACCAAAGCCUCCCCGGCUGGAACAUUAUGGGUGAUCUGGCUCCAGCUCAGUGAACAGCCUGAGUCAGUUCCAGGAAGGGAAACACCCAACUGCUGCUGCUUCAGGCGGGGCAUAUUUCUGAGCUCAGGAAAGUGAAACUAACCCUGUGACACUGCCCAGAGGGAGCCAUGGCCACAGACAACCCCGUGGAAAGUCUCCAGGAGGAAGCUACGUGCCCCAUCUGUCUGGAGUAUUUUAAGGACCCGGUGAUUAUAGACUGUGGGCACAAUUUCUGCCGAGCCUGCAUCACCCAGUGCUGGGAGAGACCAGAUACAGACAUCUCCUGUCCUCAGUGCAGAGAAACUGUGCAACAGGGAAACCUCAGGCCGAUCAGGCGGCUGGCAAAUGUUGUAGAAAUAGUCAAACGGUUGAGUUUACAGGUAGCAAAGGGAGCAGGAGAGGAGAGGGUGUGUGGGGAACACCAGGAGACUCUGAAACUGUUCUGUGAAGAGGAUCAAACUUCUGUCUGUGUGGUUUGCCAUCUGUCCCGGGAUCACAGAGAUCUCAGGGUGAUUCCCAUAAAGGAGGCUGCCCAGGAGUACAAGGAGAAACUCCAGGGAGCCCUGGGCCCUCUGAGGAAGGAGCUGGAAGAGGCCCUGGCUCUGACAUCUAAAGAGGAGAAGAAAACCACAGAGUGGCAGAGCAAAGUGAAGAACAAGAGAGAGAUGAUUGCAGGUGAAUUUAACAAACUGCACACACUGCUGGAAGAGGAAGAGCAGCUGCUUCUGCAGAGCCUGAAGGAGGAGGAGAGGGAGACUCUGCAGAGACUAAGGGAAAAUGUAACCAAACUCUCCCAGCAAAGCUCCUCUCUGCAGCAGCUGAUCACAGAGAUCGAGGAGAAGUGUCAGCAAUCAGUUGUGGAGCUGCUAAAGGAUGUGAAAAGCACAUUGAAUAGGAGUGAGAAUGUGAAACUCCAGGAACCAGAAGCUGUUUCUACUGACCUGAAGAACGUGUAUAAAAUUUCCCUUGACAUGAGGGAAGCGCUGCAGAGAUUCGGAGUGGACGUGACUCUGGAUCCAGACACGGCUCAUCCCAACCUCGUCCUGUCUGAGGAUCAGAAACGUGUGAGAUAUGGAGACACUCGCCAGGAUCUGCCCGACAACCCUGAGAGAUUUGAUAGAUAUGCCAUUGUCCUGGGUGCUGAGGGGUUCGCGGGCGGGAGGCGUUACUGGGAGGUGGAGGUGGGAGACAAGACAGGCUGGGAUCUGGGGGUUUGUAGGGAAUCUCUGAGCAGGAAGGGGGAGUUCGCAUAUGCCCCUGGGAAUGGAUGCUGGGUCAUGUGGCUGAGGGAGGGGGGAUAUCAGGCCCUCACCUCACCCCCGACCUCCCUCCCCGUGAGCGUCAGGCCCAGCCGGGUGGGGAUUUUCCUGGACUAUGAGGCGGGCGAGGUCUCGUUUUACAAUGUGACUGACAGGUCCCAUCUCUUCACUUUCACUGACACCUUCUCCGGGACGCUCCACCCUUAUUUCUACCCUGGUCACAAAGCUGGGGCUACAAACGCGGCUCCCCUGAUCAUCUGUCCAGUCCCAGCUCAGGCCGGAGGGAAUCUCAGUCCCUGACAGUGACCCGGCGGCACAGACUGGCCCCUCCCAGCCCUGCUGCUCUUCUUCCCCCCCCCCCACCCCAGUUGGGGGGGCCAGUUACUGCAGCAACUGGACUUUUUGUGCUGACCAGACGCUGCUAGUUUCCCUUUUCAACUGGAGGUUCCAGUCAAAAACCAGACACCUGGCAACCCCCAGCCCCCACCUUCCCCGUCCCCUGCCCCGGGGGUAGCAGAUGGGGGUGGAUGGGGUCAUUCACUCCAGUCAGAAUUUUCUACCCCUGUGAAAUCUCAAUGUAAAAUAUGAAAGAAAAAGGAUUAUUCCAAUUUAAAAAAUAUUUGUGAGUCUUUAAGGUGCCAAAGAAAAGAAAGUUACUCCAGGAAAUUCAUCACAAUUCCUCUGCGUUCUCUGUCUACCACCUUCUGGAAUGCUCUGUAAAAAUAGUGACUGAUUGGUUUAAUUCCUUGAAAUUAAUGAUUGAAUCUAAUUUCUUGAAGAGCUACUGAGCAGAGUAUAUGGGGAGGCACAUCACAUGGCAUUGCUAGCACUCCUUUUUGUUUUAAACCUGAUGUGUUAUGAACAUUUUCAAUGUAAUAAUUCAGUUCUGAAGAUUUACUCACAAUAUGCCAUUCAUGGUUGUGUGUCCUAAACUUACCUUGAUUAUUUGAAAAUAAAUAUGAUAAAAUUA